GUGGGGGCUCAAGCAACGAACCGGCGGCGGCACUGCGGCGGCGGCGAGGCGGCGCGUGUACGUUUGCCCAGCCCCGAGCUGCCCCCACCAUGACCCGUCCAAAGCCCUCGGCGAUCUCUCCGGAAUCAAAAAACAUUUCUGCCGGAAACACGGCGAGAAGAAGUUCGGCUGCCACCGCUGCGGCAAGAAAUACGCCGUCCAGUCCGACAUAAGAGCCCACGCCAAGAUUUGCGGCACCAAAACCUAUCAUUGCGACUGCGGCGUCAUGUUUAACAAGUGGAACGACUUUGCAAGGCACAAGGAAUACUGCGGCUUAUUAUUAGCACAAGCCAUUGCGAAAUCACCGCCGGUUUCCAGUCUGCAGCCACCGCCGUCUCUAGCGCUGUCCAUGGCGGCUUCCGAAAUAGAAUUCCCUGCAAGUGAGGAUGGCCACGAGGAAACACUUGAUGCUUCUGCCGCCGGCGACCUUAUUAAGCUGAAGGCCGGAGAUUCCCCGUCAACAUCAUCAGCUCCGGCGAGACAAUCAUUGAUGGCGGCCUCCAAGUCAAUGGCGUCUUGUUCUGAUGAUUUUUUUGGUGCUUUAAUGGAGCCAACGCUGCCGCUCUCUUUUCUAUGUUCUCCUCAUCAUCUCGCCGCCACCAACGCUGCAUCGUCAUCUCAGUACGUGGCGGUGGCGGCAACAAGUCCUCCGCCGGCGCUAUCCGCCACCGCACUGCUUCAAAAGGCGGCGCAAGCAGGCUCAAUUUACUCCGCCGGUGGUUCGUUUCUUCAUGGACUCGCCGGUUUAUCAAUGAUGAGCGGUUUCAAUAAUAAUAAUCCCCUGCAGAAUAAUGGUUAUGUAGCACUACCUGAAAAUACUACGUCAAUGGUUUCCUCCGGUGGGUUGCCGGAUUCCAUGGUGGAGCGGGCAUCUCCGGCGGUGAUAUUCAGUACCCAGCAGCUCCAAACCCUUGAUUUUCUUGGCAAUGGCAAUGACAAUCACAGCGGCAUUUUUGGUCGAUUGGGUUUUCCUUAG